CAGAUGGUGGCUAUCCAAAGGCGCCGCCUUUUUUCUCCCCCGCAUGCGCAUUGCCCUCGUCUUCUUUACGGGAGGAAAGUUCGAUCAGCUUUUAUUUGGCUGCCCUGUUCGUGACCGGUGCUUGUCUGUGGAUGCGGCGGCGGAGGCUGCGGGUUCUUCUUCCCGGAGGAGUCGGCUUUUGGGUUGCAUUGGUAGAGAGGACGGCGGAGACGAAGUGGCAGCGGGAUGGAGUUGGUGGUAAGAGGCAGGCGGGACGUGAGUCCCCUCUUUAUCAAGCUCGGCGUCACUGUUGCCCUCUCGUUCGCCGGCUUCGUCCUCGUCCAGCUCCGCUCUCGUGCACGUGCUCGCCGCCCCUCUCCCAUGGCUUCCCGUCCUCGUUUUUCUUCAGGUUCUUCUUCUAGCGUUGGCCUCAAAGACGAGCUUCGUAUUCCAAAAAGCGAAGACUCUUUGGCCAAGAUCGUCAAUGCCACUUCUAGAAUCACCAUCAGAACUACAACCACUACGACCACCGUCCUGUUGUCCCCGACCAGUAAGAGCUCCGGCGACGGUGAGGGCUUUCUCUUGUCGGAAUUCAACGAUAUCGUUAUGAAAGAAUUCAGAGCAACCGGGAAGGACCCGGAAAUUGCCGCCAACACCUCCGCGCCUAACAAGUUGGAGAUCAAAGAGCACAACGCAAUGGAGCAAGAGAUAGCAAACCUUAGGAAAUUGGUUUGGUCCCUCCAGGAGAAUGAGAGGAGCCUUGAGCUCCAGCUGCUGGAGCAUUACGGGAUGCAAGAGCAAGAGGCCGCCGUGAGAGAGCUUGAGAGCCAACUAAAGAUCAACUUGGUAGAGGCUAAGCUGUACUCCUUAAAGAUCGAGUCUUUACAGGCCGACAACCGGAGACUCCAAGAUCAGCUGAUGGAGUACUCGAGGGCGAUGAAUGAGCUUGAGGCUGGAAGAGCAACGAUCAAGAUCCUGAAGAAGAAGCUGAAAUCGGAUGGAGAGCAGGCAAAGGAAAUAAUAGUUUCCCUUCAUCAAAGGAUCAGCGUCUUGCAGUGUCAAGAGCAGAAGGAAGCGAAAGACAAGAGGCUGAAGGAGUUGGAAGAUGAGGCUGUCGAGCUCAAAACGAUCAACUCGAGGCUAGCAGAGGAGAACUCGGAUUUGGUGAGACAGUUGGAGGCAUCACAAGCUUCGGCAUCGGUCGCACUUGAGAGUUCAAAGGCAGAUGCAUCGGAGGAAGCCAACUGUUUGAGGGAAUCGAACGCGAAAUUGAUGGAAGACAUCGAACAGCUCAAAACAGAUCGGUGCACCGACGUCGAACAACUUGUGUAUCUUAAAUGGGUCAACGCUUGCCUCAGGUAUGAGCUGAGGAACUAUCAGCCGCCGCCGGGGAAGACAGUCGCAAGAGAUCUCAGCAAGAAUCUGAGUCCCCGGUCGGAGGAGAAGGCGAAGCAGCUCAUACUGGAGUACGCCAACUCGGGUGCCGAUGCGAAGAGCUUAAGCUCCAUGGACUUCGACUCGGAGUAUUCGUACUCAUCGCAAGCAUCCACUGGGGAACCUGAAGACGCUUCCCCCGACGUCUCCUCCUCGACAAGACAGAGAAAUCAGAAAAAGAUGAAGUUUCUCAGUAAACUCAAGAAGCUAGUGCUGGGGAAAGACACCGGUAGCCACAAACCUCCGGCUGCUGACAGAAUUCCAAGAACUCCAACAAGCGGCAGCAGUUCCGGGAGGAGGGCAUCCGUCUUCACCUGUUCGAUCGAUGACAUGAUAGGAAGAGAAUCAUAUGGUAGCUUCUCGUCGAGCAUAACGGGGGAAGCCAACCCAGCCAAUCAAUCAGGCAGGAUCGAUGCCGGAGCCGACGAACGAUGCCACAACGACGAUGCUUGGUCGCAGGCUUCCUCCAGGUCAUCCUUUAUUAUCCAAAGACUUGACCUUGAAGAAGCAGGGAAGGAGAAGGAAGAGGUUGGAACACCCUACAGAUAUGAGAAAAUGGUCUCUCGAGAGGAUACCGCGAGGGACUUUGAAGGAGGUGACACUCCUGAGAAGGCUGAGAUCAAGAAGCUUGCAGUGGCUCUGAAGAGAGCAAGAGGGAUGUCCAAGUUGAACAGGAGGUCAGCGUCCUUUAGCAAUUGACCCCAACGUCCGCGGACAGAGCACAGUAGUUGACUAAGUUUGCACAACUAGUCCUCUAUUUUCACUGCGUCGAACGGGUGGUCGGCAUCAUGCAAUGCUUGUGAUUUGCCAC